AUGACGCUCGAGACCGUUGUCGCGGACGAGUAUGCUCCAUUUUUCGCGCCCUUUUUCGGCUUUGCCGGCUGCGCUUUCGCCAUGACCCUGUCGUGUCUGGGAGCCGCGAUAGGAACGGCCAAGUCCGGCAUAGGUAUCGCCGGUAUCGGUACUUUCAAGCCAGAAUUGAUCAUGAAAUCGCUUAUUCCGGUCGUUAUGAGCGGUAUCUUGGCCGUUUACGGCCUUGUGGUCGCCGUUCUGAUAGCGGGCGGACUGUCGCCUGCAGAGCCCUAUACGUUGUUCAACGGGUUCAUGCACAUGAGCUGCGGCUUGUGCGUUGGAUUCGCGUGUUUGAGCAGCGGUUACGCCAUUGGUAUUGUCGGCGACGUCGGCGUCAGAAAAUUUAUGCACCAGCCCCGGCUCUUCGUCGGGAUCGUUUUGGUUCUCAUUUUCGCAGAAGUGCUUGGUCUUUACGGUAUGAUUAUUUCUUUGAUUCUGAACACCAGAAGCUCAGGUUGA